CGGAGGGCCGAAUUCAUGCAUUUGCCAGUAUAUGUGUCCUUCGGAAACUAGCAAACAAAAUAGGUUAAAACGAAGCCUAUCUGAUGUUUCUUGAAAACGUCGCUGAGUUUGGUUGAGCGUAUCAAGUGGCGCGGCUGAUAAGGACCUCCUGGUUGCAAAGCGACCUUUAUCGCCAGAGUCGAAGUGACAGCGAAUAUCGUCUGGUAUGAGCAAGACGGAAUACUGGAAUGACAAGAGAGCUUUUUUUAUCGCUCUGGAGGAGGUUACUAUUCAGAAGUGUCGAUUUCGUUGCUCUGCAGAUUAGCGUAUCGCGCAUUAUCACGGCGCCUCGCUUGUAUGCAGGCAAGCUCGCGUCCUCUUGCUCCGUUCAGAGCUCAACACACUACCGGCACGUGCCGAGAGUCUUGGCGGAGGUACCUCAGUUUGCCGCCAUGAAGGUGCUGGGCGUGGAGUUCGCGCCGCUGAACGUUCCACUCAAGCGACGGCUGCAGACGGCGAGCGUGCUCUACCUCGCGGUGUCCUUCGUGUUUGGAGGGCUCUUCUGGAGCGCCCUGUUUGCCUACGUCUUCUUCUACACGAACUACUACUACAUACCGCUGCUCUACGCCAUCUGGUAUCUGUACGACCGCGACACGCCCAAGCGUGGCGGCCGCCAGAGUCGAUGGGUGCGCAACUGGCGGCUCCACAAGUACGCCGGAGACUACUACCCGGCAAAGCUGGUCAAGACGAGCGAUCUGACUCCGGCCAGGAACUACAUCCUGGGAUACCACCCGCACGGCAUCAUGUGCAUGGGUGCCAUGUGCAACUUCGGCACCGAGGCCUCCGGUAUCGCCGACCUGUUCCCGGGCAUACGUAUUCACGUCCUCACCCUGAACGUCAACUUCAUGUUCCCAAUUCAGAGGGAAUUGCUGAUGUCUCACGGCCUGUGUUCUGUCGACAGAGAGAGCCUCGACUGGAUCUUGACUAAGCAGGGAACGGGCAACGCCGCCGUCAUCGCGGUGGGAGGGGCCCAGGAAUCGCUCGACGCGCACAAGGACAGCUACAUCAUCACUCUCAAGAACCGGAAGGGGUUCAUCCGAUGUGCUCUCAAGAGCGGCGCCGACUUGGUUCCUGUUUUCUCGUUCGGCGAGAACAACAUCUUCUACCAGCUGAAGAACCCGCGGGGCUCGAGGCUGCGAUGGCUGCAGGAGAAGCUCAAGAGCAUCACGGGAGUCGCCCCGCCCAUCUUUUACGGGAGAGGAAUCCUGCAGUACAAGUGGGGAUACAUGCCGUUCAGGGAGAAGAUCGUUAGCGUCGUGGGCAGCCCUAUUCGUGUGGAGAAGAAUGAAAACCCAACCGACGAGGAAGUGGACCUGCUGCACGAAAAAUACAUGGCGUCUCUGAGGCAGUUAUUCGAGGACCACAAAGAACAAUAUGCUUCCAAAGAAUGCACUCUCACAAUCGUGUGAUUAAGCCGCAGUCCAUAGGCCAUUGUUACGAUUCAGCCGCAACACAUCGCCAUUACGAAUUCAGGGAAGACAUGUCACCGCAUCAAGCACGGCAAGCGGGUUCCAGUACGUAGGCUACAAUACCGGCUAUGUCUGUUCUAGUCACUAAAACGUUCACAAAGCUGCGAACGACGUUCAUUCUCAUUUUUCAGUUCAUCAGACAGAUUCCUUUGCAAGACUGAAAUGCCAAGCGUGUUCGCAAGAUUUGUUUUAUGGGGAUGGCUGUUUAACACUGUUCUCUGCAUUUCGCACCUGGUACAAAGGCUGUCAAUGAAACUAUCGGUUAUGGCGGCUCACACGGAACAAUUUAUAAGGUAGGCCUCCGUUAAGCAGAUCAGGACUGCACUACAUAUAUGGUAUUCAUUAAUGUCGGACGGCGAAGGAAGAAUUGAUUGCGCUUUUUGUAGUAGCGCACGAAUUCACGAAAUAGAGGCAAUUCAAAAUUACACAAUAAGUGCACGCAAGGGAAAAUCACUUGGAACACGAGAAAAUUGUCUUCGUACGUGGGUAAAGUUAAUUGCUCUAAAAUGUCUUAGAGCGGGUGUAUCCGGUAAAUAGAGCAACACAGUUGUAUUGAGACAUCCUGAUAAGCUGAAACCUUGCUACCAGCGCUUUCAUUUCUAUGUCAAGAAAUUCUGUCUUAUUGGGUUGCGACACAAAGAUACAGUUUGCUAGUGUCUGAUCAUCAUCAUCACGCAACAACACCUAAAUCACUGCCAUAUUUACCAAGUACCCCCCCCCCACCCCCCCCCCCCCCCAAAAAAAAAAUUAUAGAAUGAGAACAUUGACUGAGUCAUCACAUCGGAAAGAUGCCGUUUGAACAAGAAAACAGUGCAUAAACACACACAAGCGAGAUGGUUGCGUUUCCUUGUUGAAGAGUAAUGACAAACACAAGAAAGAGACAUGUGUACAAAAGCUCUAAAGUGGCUCUUUAUUUUAUAAUAGAAAACGGGAGUGAGACUUGUCCGUACGUCCUCUGGCGAGCAUGCAUUGCGAGCAUCAGCCCUACGUCUGUGAUUUCGCAAAUAAAGGCUUUUUUUUCGACACCACAGGCUCAGUUACCAACCUUAAAA